AUGCUUUCUACGCCAAGAAGGAUUAGGGUCAACUCGUCAUCUUUAUGUGAAGGGUCGACCAUCAACAGUUUGCCGAGAUUGGACCACGACCGCUUCCAAAGCCGUCAACAAUGGGAAUAUCGGUUGUCAAAUGCCAGAGAUCGGUUGUCGAAGAUUGCGCGCCGUGGAUUUGAGGGGUGUCCGAACUUCCAAAGGAUUUUUGAUUUUCACCAUGUCGCCAACGUCGUACGAUACUCAGGAUUUCGGAAGCAGCUCAACAAGUUGAGCGAACCCAAGGUUCUUGGUCGGCGUGUCACGGAGGCUGCGUUUUUGAAGGUUCUGCUCCGGAAGUGUGCUGCCUGGGACGCUUCUGAGUUAUCCAGAAAGCAUCCUGGUGGAGAGAUGCUUCACAAGAAUAAAUUACUGAGGGACGCAGUAGACCAGCUCGUUGGCACGGAGUAUCGGAAUCGUGCUGGCAAACUGGUCAUCAAGGAUGACGUUGAAGGAUGCUGGAAGGAGAGAGCUCUGCUAUGCCCAGGCUUGGAUGUCGAUUUUCUGGCUUACGACAUGACUGACGCUGAGCUGGCUGAGGAAGAUGCUAGGCUAGCUGAGGAAGUUGAGAUGGAGCAUGAUAUCCAGAUGGGAGAAGCACAGAGCGAUGAGAACGAAUACAGUGCUCCAGAGACUGAGAAAAUGGUGCUCGUGCAGAGUCCGUUCCGUCCCUUAGAGAUGGAGAUGUAGUUGACUUGGAUAUGACUUCAUAUGAUUUGGGGACUUACUUGUACUGCACAAUCGACCCUGUCGAUCGGACGCUGUCCGUUUAGGUGGAUGUCUUUGGAGUAAACAAACAGAGUCUUAUUGUCCUUCAUAAUCUAAUUGAAAAUCACACAAGAGCCAAUGUCGAUUCCCACUCAGUCUGAGGACAAUCCCACUAUUGGAAUACAGUCAAAUCCUUGAACACGCCAACCAUGUAAGUCGGAUCACAGACUCUCUUUCGUGUCCGACUGGACAGCUGUUAUCAAUGUAACUAGGUAGAGUCCCAUUGUCCAAAAAAUAAUUACCAGCUUUGAACUGAGAGUCGAUGUCAGUUCCCACCUAGCAUGAGGACAAUCUCACUGCUGGAUCGAGGGGCCGCGGUCACAGCUCAGAGUACUGCCAUCGAUAUAAGAAAGUCAAAGUCCUGAUUGGAAACUUAUGACAUUUGUUCUAUAAAUGCACCACAUUUAUGGGAGAAACAGAAUACUCAAUCCGUAAGAUGGACUUGGUUAUCCUGGGAUGGGUGAUAGUUGAGACCAAAAAAACGAAUGGACAAAAGGAUUGCUUGCGAACAAGAGCGCGGUACAAUGUGGGUUUGAGUGCGAAUGGUACAGAGCAAAUGAGGAGUGCUACUGCGAAUAUGUUUCCCCGCAGAUGUUGGUGUAUGUCUCUGCAUUAUCUCGAAGAGAGGUGGAGAGGUUAGACCAGAGGAACAUACAUUGAUGUAUGUCAUGAGAAACCGAAGAAUUAGGAGAAGAAAAUUACUUCUCAAAAUUGGGCAGCUGAAGGAAUGAUGAAGAGUAUGGCUUCGUCCUUAUCACAGAAUUUACUUCACACAAGAGAGGCGCAUU